UGAGCCGUCGAGUGUUACCUCAGUUGGUUUACACUGUUUACAGGGCACUUAAGUACAAAUUACAUAUAUAUUGUAAUACCGUUUUAUGUACACCAAAGUUGGUGCCAUAAAUUUUGUUAACUGUCAUGCUGACACUACAUUUUUCUCACACGUCCUUUACCAGCACAAAAAUUCAGUAGUAUUUACCUGUUGGGUAAAUGAGAUGAUUGGUACAAAAUGGCCUUUACCGAUGUAGUUGAGCAAUCGGACUGUAAACACUUGCUAAAAGAUAUUCAAAUGAGAAGAAAAAUAGAGCAUCGUAUUACCUUAAGGAAACUGGUCAUGUUUUUUGCAUUUCUGACUUUAUUUGGUAUCAUAUAUUUUGGUUAUUUUUGUUCAGACAACCGCUGUUCACUAUCCUAUAACCCUAAACCUGCAAUUUAUUCAGAAUGGACAGUAAUGAAUCUUCUAUCGACCAACAUAACUGAUUUUAAAAGUGCCAAAGACACAGGUACAGGAGUAAGUUAUAAUGAUAUGCAGAAUGAAAACCAAUUACGUUUUGACAUGAAUGCACAUGAUGUCAUGGUAUUUUUACAUAUACAAAAAACAGGCGGUACAUCAUUUGGCCGUCAUCUUGUUCAAGAUUUAGACUUACAGCGUCCUUGUACAUGUCAAAGAAAAAGAAAGUUAUGCUAUUGUUUCAGACCUAGUCGAAAUGAAAAUUGGCUCUUUAGUCGAUAUUCUACUGGAUGGAAAUGUGGACUUCAUGCAGAUUUUACUGAAUUAUCUGGAUGUGUUGAUUCUGAACUUGACAAAAAUGAAGGGAAAUCCAUUAAACGAAGAUAUUUCUAUCUUACUUUAUUGAGAGAUCCAGUUAGCCGUUAUCUUUCUGAAUACAAACAUGUACAAAGAGGAGCUACUUGGAGAAUGUCUAGACAUUGGUGUGGAGGUCAUCCAGCAUCACUUGAAGAAUUGCCUAAAUGUUAUAAUGGUACAUUUUGGACAGAUGUUACAUUGAAUUCAUUUGCAGAUUGCCCACAUAAUUUAGCUGCAAAUCGACAAACAAGAAUGUUAGCAGAUCUAUCUCUUAUUGGUUGUUACAAUUCUUCAUAUAUGAAUCAAGAAGAACGGAACAGAGUCAUGCUAGCAAGUGCUAAAAGAAAUUUAUUAUCAAUCGCAUUUUUUGGACUCACCGAAUUUCAAAAACUAAAUCAGUACAUAUUUGAAGAAACAUUUAAUUUAAGAUUUGCAGUAACAUUUACACAACACAAUACAACUCUAUCUGCAGUUUAUAAAUCUUUAUUAAAUGAUGAAGAGUUGGAAAAAGUGAAAAGAAUAAAUGCAUUGGACAUAGAACUGUAUAAUUUUGCAAAACACUACUUAUUUCGACGUUUUGAAAAAUUACGAGCUAAAAACCCAAAUUUUAAAGAAAGAUGGGCACAUUUAGGCCAACUGCCAAGUCAAACUGCAUUUGACUGGGAAAAAGAAGUAGAGACUGAAGCUGCCGACAACGAGGUAAAUUAUACGUAGCAUUAACUUUUUUUUUUUUAAGCAAAAACAAAAAAAAGUAACAGAUCUCUUGCUUAUUAAAGUAUGUAUAUUAUAUAACAAUAUGUAUAAAAUAGAUUUUAACCAUUUCCUGAGAUUGUUUCUGCCAGUGGCGUAGCCAGGGGGGGGGGGUUUGGGUGUUAUAACCCUCCCCCUCAGCCGUAUUUAUAUCAAAAAUAUAAUGUUUAUAAUAUAGGAAUACAAUCAUUUGGUCGUGGUAAAAUGUAUUCUGUUAUUAAAACCCCCCCCUAAAAAAAAUCCUGGCUACGCCACUGGUUUCUGCCAUGCCAAAAUACUAAAACUAAAUUAAUUGUAUU